UGAAUUUUCCUCCUGCUGGAGAAAGGAGAAAAAAAAAACACUGGUGAACACUGCGAGAAGGAAGGCACAGCGGAAAAAUAAAGGAGGUGGGGGGAAAGUGAAGUAACAGGAGAUUAGCGGGAAGAUUGGAGGGACAGGUUGGGAAGAGAGCAAGAAGAAAUUACGCGAGCGGAGAGCGAGACUUGCCACAUACACAUAUAUAUAUUUUUACAAGUCCCACAUUUUGCGCGAAGAUUUUUUUUUUUUUUUUUGUAUUUCCCAUCUGCUGAAUAGACGGAAGGGGCAGCAUGACAACAGAAAUGCAAGAGAUCGCCAUCACGGAGGAUAAGCCUUUACUCACAGGCCAGGCUGACACUGCCAAGGAUGCAGAACUGGCUGCUAGGAUACUCCUGGAUCAAGGACAGGAGCACAGUGUUGAGACCCCACAUGGCGUCCUGCACGUGACCCUCCAUGGCACGCGAACCACCCGUAGGCCCGCUAUCCUCACUUUCCAUGAUGUGGGUCUGGACAGUAAGAGCUGCUUCUCUCCUCUGUUUAAGUUCGAUGAGAUGCAGGAGAUUGUGAAGAAUUUCACCCUGAUUCAUAUUGACGCCCCGGGACAGGAGGAAGGGGCUGCCGCCUACCCAGCAGGUUACCAGUAUCCCUCCAUGGAGACCAUAUCAGAGAUGAUCCCAGCUGUCCUGCAGUUUUUCAACUUCCGUACCGUGAUCGGAGUGGGCGUGGGAGCAGGAGCAUACAUCCUCGCCAGGUUCGCGCUUGCAAACCCAGAUGCAGUGGAAGGUCUGGUUCUGAUCAACAUUGACACUAACGCUCGAGGAUGGAUAGACUGGGCUGCUCAAAAGCUCAUCUCGGUGACAUCCUCCCUCACAGAGCAGAUUCUGUGCCACCUUUUUAGUCAGGAGGAGCUGUCGUCAAGCACAGAGCUAGUGCAGUCUCACAGAGAGCGCAUCUCUAAAGCUCCUAACCUCUUCAACAUAGAGCUCCUCUGGAAGACUUACAAUAGCCGUAGAGACUUGAGCAUUGACCGCAACAGCUCUUUCAAAUGUCCAGUGAUGCUGGUGGUGGGCGAUCACGCUCCGUAUGAGGAUGCUGCUGUGGAGUGCAACAGCAAACUGGACCCAACAACAACCUCAUUCUUAAAGAUGGCUGAUGCUGGUGGUCUCCCUCAGCUGACUCAGCCUGCUAAACUCACAGAGGCUUUCAAGUAUUUCAUCCAGGGAAUGGGCUACAUGGCUUCAUCUUGCAUGACCCGCCUUUCCCGCUCUCGCACCACCUCCCUCUCCUCCUCCUACUCCAUGGAUGGCUCCCGCUCUCGCUCCCGCACCCUGUCCCAAGGCUCGCAGGGCGGCCAGAUGCCGCCCAGCCCCUCCCAAACAAUGGAGGUGUCUUGCUGAAGAAAAACAAAACAAUAAAAUGAGAGAGUGAGAGUGGGAAGAGAGGAAGGUGGAAGCAAAAGGAAGGGAAAGUGGAAGUAUGACAAUAAUGCAGGGACAAGAUGAAUGGGUUACUUAUUUGUCACUUAACAACUCCCUUCAUUCCCCACAAGAGCAGAAUAGGAAUAGAGAUGGAGAGAAGGCUCGGGAGGAAGAGGAGUAGAGUCAUUAGAGUGGAAAAUAAAAAAAAAAGCUGAUCUCCACAUUUUACAAGUCCAGCCCCUCUCUUUACAACCUCAGCUGAAAAACAAAGUAAAACAGGCUAUACUGCCGUAACAAUAAGAGUCUUUAAAAGGCACAAAGAGAUUAUUGAAACAAAGGGAGGAGCUGAAGAACGGCAACUAUCCUCUCUCCCCCUCUAUUGUCAGCCAAUAGAGCCCUUUAAUUUAGAUACAGUGCAGCCUUCAAAACCAAUAGUAAUAAUCCUGAAAACUGUAUCGUUGAUGUUGAUGCUGAUGAUUAUAAUGUUGUUGAUGAUGAUAGAAAAAAAACAGUAACUUUUCUCUUUAUUACACAAUGACUUUAAAAUGACAUAGACAAAAAAAAAACAAACAAACAAACAAACAAUACUAUAGCAGAGAUACUUAUAACAAUGUGUGUCUACUACUAUUAAAGCUAGUUUUUAUUGUGUUCUGUUUUUCAUUAUUUCUUUAAUUUUAUUUUCUUAUUUGUAACCUGUCUCAGCAAGGGGUUGAAGCUGCUGAUUGGCUGACCCCGUCAUGUGGAGACAGCCAAUGAGAGCCAUUGUAGUGACUACUUCUUCCUUGAUGUUACCAGAUUGUUUAUGUCUUCCAUUUGGCCCUCGUCUAUAAGUGACCGUAAUCUUUACCCCCCCGAUUGGAUUUUGAAGCGAUGAACAGGAAGCUUUUUUUUUUUUUUUUUUUUUUUUUUUUGUUAGUUUUUCUUUUUCUUCUGGACUGUUUGGAAGUUGCAUGCCUACUAUCAGCUCACGUGAUUAUUGAGUGGAUAAUGUUUUUUUUUUGUUUGUUGGUUUUUUUUAUAUUCUGCUAAUGAGUUGCGUGAAUCUGUGUGCGUGUGUAUGUGCAGUUUCGAGUGAUGGCCUGAAGGUAAACAUGGAUGGGACUGAGGGUGUUCUGCACCUUCAACUAUCACGCUAUUAACAGUCAUUGCACAUUCAGAAGUGCUUCCAAUACUGCUGGCAGUCUUGCACUGCGUGUCUUAAUGUCCACUACUACUCACCAGGGAGUUUACAUCAUGGGUAGCAUGCUCGUAUGGAUAUUGCAUUUCAGUGCUCGGUGUGGCCAGAAGGGAUCACUGUGUUCAUCGUCUGGGUUGUAAUCUCUUAGCCUUGCCCAUGCACCGAUACCUCCAAACAAACCCAGCUAGCAUACUUGACUUGAUGUGCGCUGCGGGGGGGGUAAAAACGAACGCGUACUCCUCUCCACCAACUUUAUUCACCAAGGGGUCAAGAAAAUUGUGUUUGCAUAUGUUUAUUCUGAUAUGUGUGAGUGUGUAUGUGUGUGGGGAGGGAAGCAAAUGUCAGUGCUUGUAUCUUGUAAGCACAGUUAACGCAGCGCAUUGUGAGUAAAAAGCCCGAAUCAUUCGGAAAAGUUUUGAGACCAACAAAAGCCCCUGUGACUUAUCAGUGACAAUGAACCAGCCCCUUCACUGCCACUCUGCUCAGAUAAAGUAUAAGUAUGGGGGAAAAAAAGAAGAGUUUCCUAAACCACUAUCCAAACCUUGAGCCAACCAGUUAGAGCUAAUAAGCUUAAGCAUACCGCCAAAACUAAGAGCCCCUGAAGAAUCUGGGGUAGUCACUGACCAAAUUUUGCCAUCAGAAAUGCUGUGAGCUAAAUGUGCACCUUUAAACAUCAGUUAUAGCAAAUAAAUCCAUCAGGAAUCCCACUGAAUUGCCAAAAUGUAAUCAUAAAUAAACUCAAAGCUUACCACUGCCCUGUGACGAGUAGCCAUUACACUGACUGUGCUUUUAAAGGACCAUGUUUGAGCUCAGUCCAUUGCAUGCAUUUAUAUUCUGAUGCAUGAAAGCAUGACCAUUGAGCUGGAAGAUGCCCGUUUCUUUUGAAUGCUGUCUAAUGCUCCUUUUCCAAACCUGUCUGAUAAAAUGGAUGUGAUUUUGACGAGACGGAAGGCCUUAUUUGAGCUUGGAAUCAAAACUGAUGGUAGGAACGAUGAUGAUGUUUUGAGUCACUCCACUCACUGACCCAUAAUAGGCGGUUCAUGCAGUGCAUAAACAGCCUUUUGUGCCACCGCCACCAUCCGUUGCAGUUGAUGUGGAAAACAGAUCCUGAUGAUAUUGUGCAGCGUGCUUUUGGGAUGUGAAUUUAAGUUGUGGCAUUAAGGUAAAGUCCAUUUUGUGUGAGUGUAGAAUGUAAUCGCUGGGCUCAUUUCAGCAUGACCGCUCAAAGAAUCAGUUACGGGAGUUUCUACUAAAUAAUCUGCACCAGGUGAAGGCUAGAAAUUUUUUAAAAAGGCCAAAUAAGGAAGCCACAGUGGUGUUUCUUUGUGGAGAGUUGAGCAGGGUUGUGUGAUUGUAAAUGCUUGUCCAUUUUGUUUUUCUGUUUGUCUCUUAGAUUUUACAAUUCAAUCACAUUUUUUUUCCCCCUUCAUUUUUUUUUUAAAUUUGAAUUUAUUUUUUGUUUGUUUUUAUCUAUGUGAUGUGUUAGUUUACUGUCCCGAUGUGCUCACAAGUUAGUUAACCGUGUGAUAGUUCUGGUGUAACUUUUUUAGCAUUAGCGCUUACAAGGGAGAAUAAUAUAAUUAACAAUAAAAAGAUUAAAAGUAAAGGGAAUCAAACUUAUUUGUGUGGCUAAUUGCUCUGUGUAACACAAUGAAAAUCCUUAAAAAAUGUAUAGAAAAUAAAGUUAAUAAAAGCUUAAGAGUA